AAUUAGUCUAAAUGUACGGUUAAAAUUUUGUCGCGACCCAUAAUUUAUCAUCGAAUAUAUAGUAUUGAGUUAUUCCACAAUCAGUUGGUUAGAAUAUGAUCGCAAAUACGCGUCAUACAACAUGUACUAUCGAGUUGAUUUUCUCCCCAUUAGCUCUUGUUAUUCAGUGUUGUUUCAGCCCUUACAUCCUCCGUAAUGUCAGUCAGUAGCCAUUUGUCCCGCCCUUUAUCACCGGGAAACGACCAAUCACCGCACUUUGGAAUCUCUGUGGGGUGACGUUGCAUGUAUUCAGCGCAUGCGCGCGUUACUUUCGACGCUCCAUGGCUUGCAGCAGUGUGAAGAUGGCGGCAGGCUCCGAUUUGCUGGAUGAGGUUUUCUUUAACGCUGAGGUGGACGAGAAAGUAGUUCGUGAUCUUGUGGGUUCUCUUGAGUCCGAGUUUUCGGGUCACGAGAGCCCUGAGGCAAGUAGCCAGACAGUCGCUAAACACAUGGCCAGUUCCGGGACAGGGUUUAAUGCUAAUGUCCAGCAGAACAAACGGGGACUUGCUCAAGAGGUUGCAAAAGCAGGUAUGCUGUGGUAACGUUGUUUUGCUUGUUGUUUCAAGUGUAAACGAAAGCAAACACUCGCUUAUUUGUUCACCCCCUUCUCUCACCCGUGUUUCCGCUCCACAACAGGGGCUGGAGUGCAAAGGGGGUGUCAUUAUUAGUAAUACGUGGUCCCAGGGUUCAGCUAUGGAUGCCUCAUCGAGUGAGUCGGACUCAUCGGCACGACACGGCCAAGGAAAGACUGUUGCUGUCAGUGCCAGUAUAAUAACUCCUCUCCCAAACCACGGGGGGAAAGUAGCCUCUUCCGCAACUCAAACUUUGAAUGGAGGCAGUUUAAUGAACUGUCACAAUUCAGGAAGCGCUGUCUCUCUCACUGGGACACCGCUGUCAAGUAGUUGCACGAGUAGCGGCAAUGCCUCGGUAGAUGUCACAGUUGUCAACAACGGGCCGGGGUUGUCAAAAGGACAUGCGAGCGCAGUAAUGCCACCUUCAUUGAACACCACUAUCAUCCAGACAUCAUUCGUGAACUCUCCGAAUGUUGUCACCUCGUCUCACGCUGCGAGUCUGGGCACUGGACCUGCCAUAUCACAUAUUGUGAGGCCAUCUAUGCAAACUGAGGGAUCUGGUACAGCGAUGAAUGGUCCUAAUGCGGGAUUGCCUUUCGAUUGCCUGAACAAUGGUCAGUCGCCCUCGUCUGUGGCUAUCAGUGCGGGGUCGCACAUAAUCAUGGCAGAGGCGCCCAAAACAAGCAUACAGACUGCUUCAUGUGCUGUAACGAACCCGUCGUUCCAGAGCGCACCGAGGGCUUCCACUCCGGUGACAGUGGCUGCGAGCCCGGGAGGGAGCCGUUCUAUCGCGCAACAGGUGUUGGCGCCUCGGCACCCCCAGACAUCCCCGAACCAGCCCAACGUUCAGAACAUCCAGCUUCCCCCAGGUAUGGUCCUGGUGCGCAGUGAGAGUGGGCAGCUGUUGAUGAUCCACCAGCAGACCCUGGCUCAAAUGCAGUCCCAGUCCCAAUCCCAGGGAGUCAUGGCCCCCCGCCCAGCCACCCCCACCAGCACUCCUCCUUUCCAGAUCACCUCAGUCCAGGCUCCUGGAACGCCCAUCCUCACUAGGCAGGUGACUCCCACCACUAUCAUCAAGCAGGGCUCACCUGUGCCAACCUCUGCUCCUGUCAACACCACACUCCAGAAGCCUCCUGUCACCACCACACUCCAGAGGCCUCCUGUCCUACAGAGUCCCAUGAUUGUGGUAGGGGCUGCUGCAGGCACUUCUAUGGGGACAGCGCUACCAGGGGCCACCCAGAGGACCGUCACCGCAUCACCCGGGACCACUGUCACCUUGGCAACGGAGACGAUGGAGAAUGUGAAGAAAUGCAAGAACUUCCUGUCUACAUUAAUCAAGCUGGCGUCCAGCGGGAAGCAGUCCUCAGAGACUGCCGCCAACGUUAAAGACCUGGUCAAAGAUCUCCUGGAAGGGAAGAUUGAAGUCGAGGACUUCACCAACAGGUUAUACAGAGAGCUCAACUCCUCACCUCAGCCUUACCUCGUGCCUUUCCUCAAGAGGAGCCUUCCUGCUCUGCGGCAGCUCACCCCAGACUCAGCAGCCUUCAUCCAGCACAGUGGGCUCCAGCAGCAGGCCUCUGCCACCAACCCCACCACUGUGGUACUGGACAGCCCAGCCCUGCGCCCUGCAGCCCCAACCAUCAGACCACACCUCCAGUCUGUCAUCAGCAAACAGGGACUGACUACCCCAAUGGUGCUCCAGCCUCGGCAGCAGGGGGCAAUGGUAAGGCCUCUUCAGAUGACCCCCAUGGUGACCCUCAGAGGACCGCCCCCCCACAGUCACAUCAUGCUGGGACAGCCACAGGUGCAGCUCAAACAGCUACAGACAAUCCCUGUAGUGAAUCCUGGAGUGUUGACUGGAUCUAAGUCGUCUCCUGGUGCUGCCUCUCUGGCCACUGUAGUUCAGAAGAACAAGCUGAAGGAAGCUGGGGGCACAUUCAGGUCAGCUAUGGAUGACGAUGACAUCAAUGAUGUGGCAUCUAUGGCUGGGGUUAACCUGUCUGAGGAGAGUGCCCGUAUCCUGGCAACCAACUCCGAGCUGGUGGGAGCGGUGACACGGUCCUGUAAGGACGAGGCCUUCCUCCAUACCUCCACACUGACCAGUAGAAUACUGGAAAUAGGUAAGAAGUUUGGUGUUAGUGAUCUGGGGCCGGAGGUAGUGAACUACGUGUCCCACGCUUCCCAGACCAGGCUUCAGAACCUGUUGGAGAAAGUCUCUGAGGUGGCCCAGCAGAGGAACAUCAACUUCAAGGAGGACAGUCGGUACGAGCAGACGAGCGACAUGCGUGCCCAGAUCAAGUUCUUUGAGCAGCUGGAUCAGAUGGAGAAACAGAGGAAAGAGGAGCAGGAGAGAGAGAUUCUGAUGAAGGCAGCAAAGUCUCGUUCUCGUCAAGAAGACCCUGAGCAGCUGCGGUUGAAACAGAAGGCCAAAGAGAUGCAGCAGCAGGAGCUGUUUCAGUUGAGACAGAAGGAAGCUAACCUGACGGCGCUGGCAGCCAUAGGCCCCAGGAAGAAGAGGAAAAUGGAGGCUGCAGCCGCUGCAGCUGGAGCUGAGGGCUCAGGGUCCAGUCCCGCUGCGUCUGGUAGUGGUAGUUCAGGAGCAUCCAGACAGUUUAUCCGCCAGCGCAUCACUCGUGUCAACCUCAGGGACCUGCUCUUCUGUUUGGAGAAUGAGAGAGACACCAGUCACUCCCAUCUCCUCUACAAAGGCUUCCUCAAAUAGACACCCAGAGAGCCAGUCCAGAGAACUGUCACCCUAACCUUCACUAAAGCAACUCCCUCAAAUACAACGAUGUCAAGAUUCUCCAGGCCACAGAGAAUGGAGCUACCUAAAGUGACUGGAACGUUUGUCUCCCCUGUAUACUCUGGUUGUCCUUUCGCUCUUCAUCUGGUUCUAGGCCUGACUGCUCCCUCAACACUCCUCCACCUUCCAUCAGAGCAAUCCUGGAACAUUCACAUUUUCUACUGUUUUUAUUUCCUUUUUAUUGACUUUGUUUUAGAAUCCCCUUUUAAUGAAACUGUAAAUAAAUGAAUACAUUAUUAUA